AUGAAGUGGCUUGGGAUCCUAGGGCUGCUGGCCCUCUCAGAGUGCCUAGUCAUAAUCCCCUUAAAGAAGAUCAAGACCUUGCAAGAAACUUUCAGGGAGAAAAACAUGCUGACACAUUUCUUGGAGGAGGACACUGAUGACAGGUCCCAGAAUGCCACUGAUGACCCAAAAAUGUUUCUUCACCCCAUGAGGAACCACCAGAAUAUGAUCUACUUCGGAAUCAUCACCAUUGGAACCCCCCCUCAGGAAUUCAGGGUUGUCUUUGACACAGGCUCCUCUGACUUGUGGGUGACCUCCGACGUCUGCUCCAGUCCGCCCUGCUCUACAAGCAAGCUCUUCAACCCUCGCUUGUCCAGAACCUUCAAACGUACAACACAUCUCUUCAACCUCAAUUACCUCACUGGGACACUUCUUGGAUCUCUUUGCUAUGACACCGUUCAGAUCGGGAACCUUACCAUCUACCGCCAGGCAUUUGGCCUGAUUGAGAAACAAGUACGGUUGGAUCAUGCACCCUUUGAUGGUAUCCUGGGCCUGGGCUACCCCAGACUCACCCAAGAAAGUAUCACCCCCAUCUUCGACAACUUGAAGACACGAGGCCUCAUUUCUCAGCCUGUCUUUGCCUUCUACUUGAGCAACUGGAAGGAGAAUGGCAGCGUGGUGAUGUUUGGCGGGGUAGACCACAGCUACCACAGAGGAGAGCUCAAGUGGAUACCAGUGUCCGAAACCCACUUCUGGCAGAUAACUAUCAACCGCAUCUCCAUGGAUGGAAUGGCUAUUGCUUGUUUCAACAGCUGCCAGGCUAUUGUAGAUACCGGGACAUCGUUUAUAGUUGGCCCAACUAGACAUAUCAUCACCAUCCAGAAGCUCAUCAAGGCCAUACCUUUUGGUCAAAAGUACGUGGUUCCAUAUUGCAACAUCACUCAACUUCCUACCUUCAGCGUCAACAUCAACGGCUCUGACUACCCAGUGCCCCCUAAAGCCUACAUUUGGAAGAGUCCUGAGAGCGUCUGCUUCAGCAGCUUUCGAGAUCACCCAGAGCAAUCAAGACACCAGGGGACCUGGAUCCUUGGUGACGUCUUCCUGAGACUGUAUUUCUCAGUUUAUGAUCGAGGAAACAACAGGAUUGGCCUGGCUCCUGCAGUGUAA